UCACGCUCACGGACAAAUAAAGUUGGCCUGCCCCCAAAGCUCCUAUAAAUUUGGCGGUCACUCCCUCAAUCUCUCCUCACCAGUUACCUAAAAGAUCCUCAACUCAAGCAACCGCGCGUUACUCGCAGAAGCCCUACUACUACUAAUUAAUAUACAUAGAGAGAUCGAACUAAUGGGGAAGGGGGACGUGGAAGCAGGCCGUGACUACACCGCGAAGGACUACAUCGACCCACCCCCAUCCCCUCUCUUCGACGCCGACGAGCUCACAAAGUGGUCCCUCUACCGCGCAGUCAUUGCAGAGUUCGUGGCCACGCUCCUCUUCCUCUACAUAACCGUGGCCACGGUCAUCGGUUACAAGCACCAGUCCGACCCCGGCCUCGGCGCCGACGCCUCCUGCAGCGGCGUAGGCAUCCUCGGCAUCGCCUGGGCGUUCGGUGGAAUGAUCUUCAUCCUGGUCUACUGCACCGCGGGGAUCUCCGGGGGCCACAUUAACCCCGCGGUCACUUUCGGUCUGUUCCUGGCUCGGAAAGUGUCGCUGGUUCGGGCGGUUCUGUACAUGAUUGCGCAGUGUGCGGGCGCCAUCUGUGGGGUUGGGCUCGUCAAGGCGUUCCAGAGCUCCUUCUACGCGCAGUACGGGGGCGGAGCUAACGAGUUGAGUGAUGGCUACUCAAAGGGAACUGGGCUCGCCGCUGAGAUUAUUGGCACCUUCGUUUUGGUCUACACCGUUUUCUCGGCGACUGAUCCCAAGAGGAACGCGCGUGACUCCCACGUGCCGGUUUUGGCUCCGCUGCCGAUUGGGUUUGCGGUGUUUAUGGUGCACUUGGCCACGAUCCCGAUCACUGGGACGGGGAUCAACCCCGCUAGGAGCCUGGGAGCCGCUGUCAUCUACAACGAGGACAAAGCUUGGCAUGAUCAGUGGAUAUUCUGGGUUGGGCCCAUGAUUGGUGCUGCAAUUGCUGCGGCUUAUCACCAAGUAGUGCUGAGAGCAGGGGCUGUCAAGGCCCUGGGAUCGUCCAGAAGCCUCCCUUGAUAUCAAACCGAUCAACGCGCCCCCCGCCUCGCAUGUGAUGUAUCGUCUUGCGCCGGGUGGUAAUCAGAAAAGAAUUGGAGAUCACGUCUGAUCUGUAUCUUAAUUUCUGGCUCGUUCUCGUAUUUAGUCAAGUUCCCCUGCUUCAGUACUACUAGCAUCAACUCGUGUGAUCCGUUUGCCUUUCUGGUUUUUUUUUUAAAAAAAAGCAAAGGCUGCAGCAGAUCCAUCCGUACGUGUCUUUUGGAGAACUACACCGUUGUUACGCCUUUUAAUUUAAGUAUUAUCAUCAUCUCUCUCUACGGAUGUACUCCACCCAAUAACCGAUAAUGUAAUGAAUAUUAUUAGCGGAUGUUAUGUGUUUUCACUUUUAAAUGGAGGAACCAAGUCUUGUACCA